GGCGACGUCACUUCCGCCUUUCCAAUCGCGUGGGGGAGCGACGGGGAACGCGAGAGACAGAGAGGGAAGGCGAGGGAGAGAGACAGAGAGACAGAGAGAGCCGCGCGCGCGCCGAGUAGAACAAUGCCUAAGUCAAAAGAACUCGUGUCUUCGAGCUCCUCUGCCAGUGAUUCAGACAGCGAAGUCGAUAAAAAGGCAAAACGGAAAAAACAGGCACCCCCCGAAAAGCCUGUAAAGAAACAGAAGACUGGUGAAAGCUCCAAAGGCGCCGCUUCCUCCAAACCAAGUAGCAACAGAGACGAGAACAUGUUUCAGAUUGGUAAAAUGAGAUACGUCAGCGUGCGUGAUUUUAAAGGCAAAGUCCUAAUUGAUAUUAGAGAAUACUGGAUGGAUCAAGAAGGUGAAAUGAAACCAGGCAGAAAAGGUAUCUCCUUAAAUCCAGAGCAGUGGAGCCAGUUGAAGGAACAGAUUUCCGACAUUGACGACGCAGUAAGAAAACUGUAAAAGGCAGAGGCGUACCGGAACUCUACUGUUAUAGGUUUAAGUAGUCUUUUUACAUUUGGCAUUCAUUUUCUAAACUUAUUUGUUUUCCAAGCUAUUGUAUAUUUGGAUUGCAAAACGAUUUGUAAGAUGAGCGCUUUUUUAAAUGUGCAUUAAAAGUGUAUUCUGAGUGAAGUUACGAAAUGUGUAUACUUUUAUUAAAACAAGGUGUUACGUUCUCACAUCGUGGUGUAAAAAAUAAAAAACACG